AUGGGAAAGCUUUUUAUUACGGUAAAUAAAUGUCACUUAUUUCGUUCUCCUGGACUUGAAACGGUUAACUUACGCAUACGAGUAGUUGUGGAUGGAGUCUACAAAUUUCAUACAAAAACUAAACGAGAUAGUUUUAUAUCUGAGUUUGGUGAAACAUUCACUGUAGGUAAUACACAUCGUCUAGCUGUAGUUGAUGUACUUGCAUUUAAUUGCCUCUCCUCAGGGAGUAAUGAGAAGGAAGAACUUCUAGGUUCUUCUCAUCUCUCUAUUGAAAAUUUAGUUCAAGGGAAAAAAAGAACCAGAGAUUUUCCUCUAGCAUCAAAAGAUAAUUCAGGCAUGUCAGGAAUAGUUAAUAUCACUUUAAAAACAGAUACUCAAGGGGGUAUUACAAAUCCUAUUAGUGAUACUCAAGAAGAAAGAUAUUUACGUCGUUUAACACGUUUUUUUCUCUGCUGGGAUAAGAGUCGUUUAGCGGAUGUAGAUUUACUUCUAGCAUCUGUAAAAGGGGAUCAAUCAGCAACAGAAGGUUUAUUAAAUAUACCUCCUAUAUCACCAAGUGUAGAUUCUCAAGUAACAAGAGAUAUAUAUGCAACCUUUGAUGAUUUAAUGAUGAAUCUUUGUAAAAUGUACAAAUGUCAUGAACCUCCAAACUAUAAACUUAGUCUUGUUGUGGAAGGUUGUGCAAAUCUUACGCGUCCUACAAUGUAUCUUCCAUCUAAUGUAGUGGUAGUUAUUCGUAGUUCUGGUCAAGAGUUUAUUACACCAACACGACCUUUUACAAUUAAUCCUGUUUGGGGAAGACCAGCUGGAUUAGUGGAAAUGGAUAUUGUAGAUCCAUCUUCCUCUGUUUUAGAUGUGAUGGUUUAUUAUUUUCCUCCCACAUCAAGAGAAAAAGAAGUUGGUCGAUCACAGAUUCGAGUUUCUACUCUUGUACGAGAUUAUGCUUCUGCUAGACCAGUAUUUGUUUUUCGUCAAACAAAUGAAAUUACACCUGUUUUAACUGGAAUGGUUUAUUUAACGAUGAAACCAAUUGAAUUUGGAUUAAUUCCAAUGAAAGUAGCAGAACAUAUUGAUGGAUAUUAUGAACGAUUAACUCGAUUCUUUUAUAGGUAUGAUCCUAGACGAAUUCAACAAGUAGAUCUUCUUAUUAAAUCUCGUCUAGAUAACUUAUCGGACUUGAUGGGAGAAUUAGAAUAUCAUUAUGGUAGAGAACCAGGUACCAUAGAAUUAUGGGUAUGUGUUCGAGAGUUACAUUCACUACAACUUGAUCCUAUUACAGAUCUUGAUGAUAAAGAAGUAGUAGUAGUAUUAACUAUGGGUGAUCAAGUAGUACGAACACAACCAAAACGAGUAUUUGCAAAUUCUCGAACAUUAUUUGGAGAUACUUUUGUCUUUGAUGUAGCUCGUGAAACGGAUAUGAUUAAAUUUCAGGUACUUAAAGCGAAUCAUGAAGAAAUAGUUUAUGGACGUGUAGAUGUAACCUGUUUAAAGAUACAACGUGGUGUACAUAAUGAACGAAUGCUUUUUUUAGUGGGAGCUGCCGGUACAACUGAUGCUUAUUUGAGUGGAAUGAUUGGUAUAUCACUAUUUAGUGAACAACUUGGACAACCAUAUGCGGUAGAUGAGGCAGCUAUGCAUUUAUAUGCUGGACGUUUACGACGUUAUGUACAUAGACGUGUACCUGAAAAAUUACAUCUUGUGAAUACCGCAGUUGAUACACUUUUUGAUAUUGAAGGAUUUCUAAGAGAUGUUUCACGUGAAUAUGGUGAAGAAGAUAAUACAUUUGCUGUGUAUGUAACUGUAUUGGGAUGUCGUCAACUUCGUACACGUUUUGGAUUUAGUAUGAAUGCCUAUGUAGCAGCAAAGAUGGGAAUUGAAAGAUAUGAAACUCAUGUAGUGAAAGACUCUACAGAACCUGAUUUUUUUGAUUUUUUUGAAUUUCAAAUAGAUCGAUUAAAUGAAGCUCAAUUAACACUUGUGGUGAUGGAUAAGUAUGAUCUUGGUGCAGAUAAGGAAGUAGGCCGUGUGGUGAUUCCAUUAGGAAAUAAAGAAUUAGAACAUCAAUAUCAUGAAUGGAUUCCUCUUGUUAAACCAGAUAAUACUCGUGAAGGUAUUAUUGGUGUUCGCUACGUAAUAAAAGAUCUUAAUUUACGAGAUGAAGCCCGAACAUAUCAUAACUCUGAUGAUGCUUUACAACAAAGUGCGAAUGUUGUUUCUCUUAUAAUGGAAAGACGUUCAAGACGACAAAAUAGUACAUUACGUUCUCGUAUUGGUGGAUUUCGUAGUAAACUCGCACGUGUAACGGCUCAACUUCACAAAACAGGACGUCUUUCACGUAAUAAUUCUACAGUAUCUAGUGAUGCGAGUUCUCUUCAUACAGGUGAACGGGAUAUAAUCUCUCAUGAACCUUUAAAUCUUAUGGAUGAAGGUAUUCAUUCUGCUCAUGAGUUUUGUUCCUUAUCUAAAACUGGAACUUCUUCUCAAUGUUUUACCCCAUCUCUUUCUUUUACGGGAUCUGAUCAAAUCAUGCCAUCUAAACAUACAUUAAAACCAGUAGGAACAGGAGGUAAAUGGUUACAUGUACGUUUAUUGUAUUGUGAUAAUCUUGAUGAUAGUAGACAAACUCCACCAAGUCCAUAUGUAAUGCUUUCUACAUUAUGUAAAUCACAUUUUACAAAAAGAGCCUUUUCUACAGUAUCCCCUAGAUAUAAUGAAGAAUUUGUAUUUCCCGUUUUUGAUCCAAGUGAAGAUUAUCUUGCCAUUACAGUGGUUACCGAUACUCCCUAUGGAAAAAAAUGUCUAGGACACUGUUUACUUUCCAUGAAGAAUAUACAAAAAGAUACUCCACGAACUCGAAAUGUAUCUUUGGUAGUUGCCCCAAACCGUCCAGUGGCUAUUCAACGUGGUACUGUUUGUUUAACUUUAUUAGGUGAAAAUUUUGGUUUGGAUUAUAUGCCCUCUGUUACGGCAGAAAGUCGUCUUGCAGAGUCUUUACAAAUAUAUCUUGUAACGCAUGCCCCUCGAGAACUUCAUCGUUUAGAAUGGUUUGUUGGUGAAUACUCUUUAAGAGAGAAUGAACUAAUAAAAGGUAUUCUAAGUAAAUAUAAUCCAAAAAGUAAUGAAGAGAUAACAGCAAAUGUUAAAUUAUCUAUAAAAACUUUAAGAAAUUUGUACUAUAAUAAUAAACUUGUUUUAUCUGGUACAUGUUUUGUAAAGAUUAAAGAAGAAAAAAAAACUCAUUAUUGUACAAGAUCUGUACAAGGGGCAAAUGGUAUUUUCAUAUUUAAUGAAGAUUGUAUGUUAACUAUUUCACGACCGUUAAUAAAAACGUUACGUGUAGUAGUACAUAUUGAAGAAAAUGGAAUACAAAAAUGUGGAGAAUGUGUAUUAUCACUUGCAGAUUUACACCAAAAUGCAAUACAAGAACGAACUCAUUUUAUUGUGAAAAAUGCAGGUCUUCCUACUGCUAUACCUACAGGUUAUAUCACUAUUUCACUUUUAAGUGAUAAUUUUGGUUCCCUUGUUUCACCAUAUUGUGAGAAUAAUGGAUCUUCAUAUGAACGAUUGAGAGAUUAUUAUUAUUAUUAUAUACGUGAACAACUACAUGUUGUGGAUGUUAAAUUUAGUACAACACUUAAUGUUGAAGAAUACGUAAAAAAAUUAACUGAAAAAUAUGGUCCAGAACCAGGUAACUAUCAUCUUAAAGUUAAAGUGAUGCGAUGUUACUUUCUUUCAGUAGAAGCUUCAUACCCAUUUUGUAUUUUUCAAGUUGGACUUCAACAUUUUAAAACUAAUAUUGCCUGGGGAACAGGAGAGCAUGUUUUUAUGGAAACUUUUGAUAUGAAAAUAGGUUUACCAGAUAAGGAGGAGGUACAAUUGAUAGUCUUUGUAGUUAAAAAAGAGUCAGCACUUAGUAGUGAGAUUGGUAGAACGGUAAUUCCUCUUAAAAGUAUAAUUCGUGGAGAAGAAACUCAACUUAAACUUCCACUUGUAAAUCAAGCAAAUACCAAAAAUGCUUCAAUUAAUGGCGCCGUUGAAGUUUCUUUCUUUACUAAUGACUUUGGUAUUUCACCGGAUAAUAAUCGAAAUAAUAAUGAUGGUAUCGUCUAUGAACGUUUAGAGCGUGAAAUGGCACGUCUUCCUCCACAGGAGAUGCAUAUGUUACCUUCUAUUAUCGCAGAAGCACAAGAACAGAAUGAAUUAAACGCAACUUCUUCAGGAGAAAGUCAAGUAUGUUAUACAAGUUUAGUACGUGGAGACCCUGUAUAUGUUUUACUGCUUGGAUUUUGUGAUUUUCCAACAGAAGAAGUGUACAUAAAAAUUAGAAUGAAUGGUUCUAAAACAGUCGUACGUACAGGUGUUUUAAAGGGUGAAAGGCUUACAUGUAUUAAAGAAGGAUUUACUCUAGAUAGUUCUAUUCGAUUAGAAGAAACCGUUUUUACAAUGAAAAUUGCAGAAGAGAAACUACAUGGAUCAUCUCCGUUGUGUUAUUGCGAUUUCACGCUCGCCCACUUUCCACGAGGUCGUGUAAGCAAGAAAUACCUUCACCUCUUUACCCCAAAAGGUGUAUUCAUGGGACGAUUAUGUCUACAAGUCGACAUGCCGCCUCCCCCUCAUGGAGUCCCUGCAUCCCCGGAUUUGCCAUCAUCGUAUGAAGUCGAGCGGGUCUCGGAGGAUGUGGCCUCGCUGCUGCUCAAGCACAAUCCCAAAGAUCUGCGCAAACUCGAUCUUAUGCUGACCCGCAGCGAUGAUCUCCGCCUCCUGCACCGCGUCCUCCGCCAACAGUUAAUCCCCCGCGUGCAGGCGACGGUGUACUGCACGGUGCACGAGACGGAUCUCAUCAUCGGCCUGCGGGGCCGCCGCUUCGUGGAGGCCGUCGUCCGCGGCGACGUCUCGCAGGCGGCGGAGCGAAAACUCGUCGCCCUCGCGGGCCCCCGGCCGGCCGGCGCUGCGAAGUACCCCCCGCUGCGGGUCGACUUUGCGCCGGACGACGGCCCGCUGCUCCUGCGGGUGCUGGGCGAGGGCGGCGAGGCGGCGGUGGACUGUCGGGUGCGUCUCUCCCUCCGCGCCCUCCUCACCCCGCAGCUGUACGAUAUGGAGGAGAGCAUCACCGUCCCCAUCGUGAAGGAGCGGCAGCGGCGGAAGGAGGUACAGGCAGAUCUCGCCGGGACUCUCACAUUCUCUCUCAAGGCUCCACUCUUUGAAUCUUAUCCAACUACCAUACCGCUAUUUGGUAACUCUUCCAGACGAGUCAAUCGUGCCUUUGUGCGGUACUAUCUGGAUCGUAUUUACUCCUUGCUGAAACACUAUGACGCAAACUCCUUGGUAGACAUUCACCAUACAUUCUAUGAGAGAUAUGUCGCAAAAGAAACCUGGGUAACUGAAGUUCCUAAUCUACUCUAUGCACUCAUUGAGCGUUGGGGACCGGAAGUAGAGAAUUUUCCAGAACCUCCCCCCGCAGAAGCACCAGUAGAAGAAGUAUCAGAUAUUGUACUACAUUCACCAUAA